UUGAAACGGAUGCACUGGCACUGCGAGCGAGAAACUUGAAGCCUCUGUCGUCGUUAUUCCUGGCCUGGCUCCUCCAUAAAAAUCGAAAGAUCCCAAGAUCCCGGGCCAAGUCGAAUCCGAAACCAAAAACCAAACCCGAAGCCGAAGCCGUGCGAAUGUCUGUCGGCCUGAAGAAGAAGAGGCUCGCAGAGCUGCUAUCUUCAUCGGUCGCGUUGGUCGUUUAAAAGUGAAAUUUACUGAAUGAAAUGAAAUGUCUUCUGGCCAGCCACGGACUCGCUGUCUGGCCGACUGUGUGCACUGUGUUGCCUUUGGCUUUGUGUUUGAUUAUUGAUUUGUGACAAUUGUCGGCAAGGAAAUGACUGCAAAUUAGUUGGCAAACAUUCGCCGCCUGGAAAAAUCCGGAUUGAAAACGCCUACAAAUUAUUAACGCAAAUUAUUUGCCAAUUCGUGGAAAUAUCUCUCUUCCUGUGCGAGUGUCAUUGAAUGAUAAGACGAGAAAACCCGACCAGACCGACCGAUCAACGAACCGAGCCACGAUGAUUAGUGAACGCCACAAGAGCCGCGAUUUGGUUACGAUACUUGGUCUGCUCUGCCUCCUCCUGCGCCACGGUGUCGCCUCUGGCCAUGUGAUCGAGGUCUUGGCUCAAUCAACAACCGCAUCGGCGACGUCGACGGCAGCGGCUCAGACGGAUACGGUGCCGGCGACCAAUACGGUGACUGAGACGAAGACAAAUGCCAGUCAGGAUGAGGUUGCUCCGACGCCCGGUGCGACAACAGCCCCGCGUCUAGAUCCUAACAACAACAACGAAUGGCGUCCCCUUGGCCACGGGGAUCCCCUGCAAAAGGACCCAACCUACGACUAUAGCCCUCCGGCCCUGGAUCGAGUGCGCUACUGGGCGGAAAACAACAGCACGGGCCAGAGUAAUCCGGAGGCCAGGAAGAAAGAGCUGCCGCCGGAGGUGCUUCGCAACAAGACCAAGAGCGAGGUGCUGCUGCUGGGUGUGGCCAGCGAACGGGUGAGGGUGCCUCACUCACAUUCCUAUCCGCCGGUUGGACUGGGCCAGAGUCACCACCAGCAAUACAAGCACCAGUACCAGCACCAACAUCAGGAGCAGCAGCAAGCUAAAUAUGCGGCCAUCAGGAGGAGCUACUAUGCGCCAACGCAACAGCAACAUAGUCCACAAAUGUUGCAUCAGGCUCAGCAUAUUCAGCACCAUUCCCCAAUUCCACAGCAGACACAGCACAUGCCCCACACCCACUUGAUGCCACCGCCCAUGAUGAUGGUGAAAUCGGGCGGCCCCUCCGUGCCGCAUCUGGAGUACAGACACAGUAUAAUGGCCACAGGAGCACCCACAUCUUACAUGAGCCUCAGUUACACGAUGAGCUCGCCAGCACCUAAGCCGGCCAUGACCUCCUCUGUGAUUUAUCACCAACCCGCGAUGGGUCACUACACUCCCUCUUCCUCCUCCGCAUCAUCGUCAACGCCCUGGCUAAGCAGCAUGUCCAGCAUGCCACCACAUAGGUUCAGCUACACGGACCCACAUCUCCAGGAAUCCAUGCACGCCUACAGCUUCUCGAGGCCCAAUCCCGCGCAAUCGGUUGCCUACUCCCCCAACUCGCUGCCAGGACAUCAGGGCGGAUCAAAGGCGGGUCUGCGGAAGCCGUGGCUGCAUGAACUGCUCCAAAAGGAGGUGGUAAUGAAUAAGGCGAAGGUUAAGCCCACGAUGCCCGCUACCAAGUACCUGAUGGGCACAAGUAAGCCACAUCAUCCACUGCCACCAGCUGGUUUUGGAAUCAGCUCCACCCGGCCUCCCUUUACCUAUGCUCCCGUUACUUUUGUGCCUGGACCGCCCACCAUAGCAGUGCCCACGGUGGCCACCAGACAGGAGGCACAGCAGGAGAUCUACAUCACACCCACGCCGCAGACAAGUAGCUCUGGCUUCAGACCCAUGCUGGUGACCAGUUCGACUACUACGUCCACUACAUCGACUCCUUUGCCCAUAUAUCAGCGAACCAGCACUAGCCCCAGCACAACAAGCAACCGAUUGCUGAUCCCCCAGACGAGUAAUCUGGCCCAGCGACCCACAGUGGCUCCAGCGCCAAGUGAACCCACCACCGAUUCGCUUUUCUCCCAUUAUAAGCAGCCACCAAAGCCCCUAUUGGGGCCCAUGUACCUCAUCAUUGAGGGUCACUCCAAGGUGAAGACCUAUGGCCAAAACGAAUUGGAUCCACAUAGUCCAAAGAUAGUGCCGGUUAUCUCCAAGCGGGAGCCUGUGGUCAGGAUAGCUGAUCCCAACGAGAAGAGGGGAACGGUUGAGUCCUAUCAGGUCAAGCACUUGCACACAAAAACCACGCCCAUGACGACGACUACAACCACACGGAAACCGACAACCAAAAAACCUUUGCCAACGGAAGGUCCUUUAGUUAGAGCUCCUGUUUUUACCCCUACCAAGGCACCUGCUCCAGAAUCUACUAAGGCUCCUGCAGCAACAUCUACUAGAGCUCCUGUUAGCAGUACCACUUCAAAACCCACUGCAACAUCAACCCCAAGAGCUCCGAUUACACCCCUUGUCAGCAGCGCCGCUCCCUUGGUUAAACCAGAAGCUAAGCCGGAACCCGCUAGUGAAGUCAGUGAUCUGUUGAGCUUACUGGACAAUAUGUUUGCCGAUGCCCACGAAAUCGCUUCUUCCACCAGCUCAUCUGUUCAAGUGAAUCCCACAACGAGCACCGUCCUCAAGCCAGUUAGUACCAAGUUGUUGCCCCAGCAACCGGAACCGAGGAUUGGCAGCAAGGCGGGAAGCAUCGAGAGUAUACUCGAAGACGCCCCAGAGGAUGAUGGAGCUGGCAAAGAUCUAGGGUCGCAGAUUUCCACUGAGACACCGCCUCGAGCAACGCGUCAGGUCUUUGACUAUGAUCAAUUACCAGAGUCACGGAUCAAAGACGGGGUCACCGCCAGCGAUGUUAUGGAGUACAAUGAUGACGAGGAGCUGGGCUACGAAGAGGAGCUGGGUGGGAUGGAUGAUGAAUCAGCCACCGAUGGUCACUUGGAAGACGAGGAAGGGGUAGAAGAAGAGGGGGACCCCGAACACAAUUUACUCAAACGUAUCGAUCAGUUUGUGGACGAUGUGGACGACGGCGAUGAUGAUCUGGAGGAUCUUAUGGAGGGCCUGGACGACAGCGAGGGGAUCGAGGAGCGGCGACAGCAGCAUUAGCCCGAGCUAAGCCUUUUUCUUAAACUGCGCUCUAUACCAAAUCUAUCAUCAGAAAGUCUUUCUCACGCCUAAUACAUACGUUCUUGUACAUAAGUCAGCUUUAAUUGAAUCUGUAUUUAUUCGUUGUUAGUUCUUAGAGGCCCUGCUGGCGUCACAAUGUGACCGCGUUCCACCCCAAAACCCAUGCAAUUCGAGCAAAGAGUUUUCGUUGUGUAAUUAAGCCUUAAAUUAUGAAAAAUUUUCGAAUGUUUUGAUUAGUUUUUAAGUCUGUAAGAAUUGAAAAAUAAAUGCGAAAAUUUAAAGGGAGCCUCUUUGAACGCUAUCUGUAAAGGUAAGCUUAGUAACUGGAUGCCAUCUGUCGGUUAGGAGGAGAAGCUUGAUGAAAAGCUUUAAGGUCGAUC